CUGGCGCCGAGCUCCGGCGGCGGAGGCGCUGGCGGCCGAACAAUAGUGAAGCGCGGUGUAGGGGGUGGGUGGCGGCAUCUCGGGGUGGUGGGCACUAUGAACGAAGAGCAGUUUGUGAGCAUCGACUUGGACGAUGACAACGUCUGCAGCAUCUGCAAGCUGGGGACCGAGAAGGAAACGCUCUCUUUUUGCCACGUUUGUUUUGAGCUGAACAUCGAAGGAGUGCCAAAGUCAGAUCUUCUACAUACAAGAUCUUUAAGGGGGCACAGAGACUGCUUUGAAAAAUUCCACUUAAUAGCAAAUCAGGACUGCCCACGAUCAAAGCUCUCUAAAAGUCCAUAUGCAGAAGUGAAAAAUAUUUUGAGCAAAAAAAUUAACUGGAUCAUACAGUAUGCACAAAACAAGGAUAUAGACUCUGACCCUGAAAGCUCAAAGACAUCCCACCACCAGCUUUUUAACUUCAGACAUCAGACUGAUAGAAAAUUACUCCCACAGUUUGACUCCCCAGUACCUAGAUACUCUGCAAAAUGGAUAGAUGGGAAUUCUGGAGGCAUCUCAAGCUGCUCACAAACUCUUUUGGAACAAAGAGAAUCUGCUGAUUUUGGACUUGGUGUUUUACAAGAAACAGGUGCUACCUUCUGUUGCAGCAGUGUUGUGUGGUCAAAUCACAAGCAGGUCCAAAAAGCUGAAAAAGCUGAAGGUGGCUCACUUGGCAGUGUUCAUAGAAGGCAUCCUCAAUACAACAGGGAAGAAUUGGCUGUGAUGUCUCUUGCAGAUCUAAAACAGCUUAAUGAAAAACUGCUCAAGCAAAUCCAGGAUGUGUUUGAAGAGCUGACACAGCAAGUCCAAGAAAAGGAUUCUUUGGCUUCUGAGCUGAACGUCCGGCACAUUGCUAUUGAGCAGCUGCUGAAGAACUACUCCAAGCUGCCGUGUCUACAGAUGGGACGAGCAGGGAUGAAAUCAAAUGUCCCUAUAUAAAGGGAGAAGAUGUCUGUCCUCCUGUAGAGCUAACUUUCCCUAACAGCUUUGAUAACCAUUAAGUAUGCACAGAUAUUUAGAAGCUUUUGAGGAAACUUGGGCAGCUCUCUCUUUGCAUUCAUACUCCUUGAGAAGUCUCUCUUCACUUUGGGUUUUGUUAAAAAAAAAAAAGGCAAAUAUUUUAGGUAUUAAAAGCAAUUGUGAUAAGGUUUAUUCAUAUUUAGGGAUGGAUUUCUUUUCCCAUAACUAUGCAUGAGCCUUGAAAUGAAUUCUGUGUUUUGUUGAUAAUAAAGUUGUUGUUAACAAAGGAAGACCUGAAGCCUGUUAAACCUGCCUCCCUCGUUCAGAGGAAGAAGGGAGUUUUGCUCAGGUCUGAUCCUGUUACAUCCAAUAGAGCUUUAAGGAGAAAACCAGUAUUAAUGAAACUCCUGGUUUGGUAUUUAUUAUGAGCAAUAUUUUAUUAAUGAAGUUUUAUACUAAAUAAAUAUCACUAUUUUUAGGUACUUUUCCAGAUCUCUUUAUAAAAUGUCUGAGUUAAUGCUGUGUAAUGUCUCUGCCUCCUGUAUGACUGUUUUAUCCUUUUUCAGGUCUGUAUCUUUCACGAUACAAUUAUUUUUAAGUCUUGUUUCCCAAAGAGAGGAAUAUCACAUGUUAAAGAAAUAAAACUGUGAUGGUGCAUCACUUAUUUUUAAUCAGCUUUAUAACUGAAGUUUUGUUCAGUA